GGUGUGGAGGCAGCAUGGCGCAGGUGGAUGGUGUACCCGCUGUACCCCCGGCUGUACCCCCGGCUGUACCCCCCGUGUUAGAUCAGUAUAAUAUGGGUGAGGCGGUGCUGAUGAAGCAGGGCGCGGAGGCGCGGGUUUACCGGACCACGUUUUUGGGGAGGAGGGCGAUAAUGAAGGAGCGGUUCAGUAAGAAGUACCGACACCCCGCGCUGGAUGAGAAACUGACCCGCCGCAGAACCGCACAGGAGCUCCGGGCCAUCCUGCGCUGUAGAAGAGCUGGUAUCCACACUCCGGUGGUGUACUUCGUCGACCCGAACACCAGCUGCAUCUUCCUGGAGGAGAUCACCGACUCGGUCACCGUCAGAGAGCACAUCGCCGGCGCUCGGGCGUCCGGGCGGGGCACGGACUCCCUGUACCCCCUGGCCCAGGAAGUGGGUCGAGUCCUGGCCAGGAUGCACGACGAGGACGUGAUCCACGGAGACCUGACCACCUCCAACAUGCUGCUGAAGCGCCACGGCGGCGGCGGCGAGGAGCUCAGACUGGUGCUGAUCGAUUUCGGCCUGAGCUACGUCUCGGCCCUGGCCGAGGAUAAAGGCGUGGACCUGUACGUGCUGGAGAAGGCGUUUCUCAGCACGCACCCGAACACCGAGACUCUGUUCCAGAAGGUUCUGAAGAGCUACGCCAGCGCCUCCAAAAAAGCUCCGGCGGUGAUUAAGAAACUGGACGAGGUCAGACUGAGGGGCAGGAAGCGCUCCAUGCUCGGGUAGCGGAAGGUCCGACCACGUACGAUCGAUUCAGCGCUCGCUUCUGUUCUGAGAGGAACCUGUGGAACAUCUCAGACCCAGCAGCACCUCUCAGACUGUUCUGUAAUUGUUGGGCAGUCUAGUGGUUAAGGUACUGGACUAGUAAUCGAAAGGUCACUGGUUCAAGUCCCACCACUGCCAAGUUUCCACUGUUUGGCCCUUAAGCAAGGCCCUUAACCCUCAACCAUCCAUCUAACAUUUACUUAUAUUGGUCAGUGGUAGCUCAGCGAUUAAGAUACUGGACUAGCAAUCAUAAGGUUGCCAGUUCAAGCCCCACCAUUUACAUUUUCAGCAUAUAGCGGACGCUUUUAUCCAAAGUGACUCACAGUUAUGACUGAACACGAUUUUGAGCAGUUGAGGGUUAAGGGCCUUGCUCAGGGGCCCAACAGUGGCAACUUGGUGGUGGUGCGGCUUCUGAUUACUAGUCCAGUACCUUAACCACUGAGCUAUCACUGCUGGGUUGCCACUGUUGGGCCCCUGAGCAAGGCCCUCAUUCAGAACUGUAAGUGGUUUUGGAUAAAUACCACAAAUGUAAAUUAUCGUUGAUUAAAACGCUUCGUUGUGGAGCGACAUUUCUUUCUGUUUGGCGUCGGGCUUCUUAAUAAAACUUUAGUGACGUGAUUGUGGGUGUGAGUUCGAGUCCUGGCCGUGUGGUGAA